UCAUCACGAGCGAGACUGUUUAAGGAAUACAAAGAGGUUCAGCGUGAGAAAGUAGCUGAUCCAGAUAUUCAAUUGGUGUGUGACGAUACCAACAUUUUCAAAUGGACCGCUCUUAUCAAGGGACCGUCUGAGACGCCUUAUGAAGGCGGAGUUUUUCAGCUUGCAUUUGCUGUUCCUGAACCGUAUCCUCUACAACCUCCUCAAGUGCGAUUCUUGACCAAGAUAUUCCAUCCAAAUGUGCACUUCAAGACAGGGGAGAUAUGCCUCGACAUAUUGAAGAAUGCGUGGAGUCCUGCUUGGACGCUUCAGUCCGUGUGUAGAGCCAUCAUAGCAUUGAUGGCUCAUCCUGAACCGGACAGUCCUCUUAACUGCGACUCAGGCAAUCUUCUUAGAUCUGGGGAUGUGAGAGGGUUCAAUUCGAUGGCAAGCAUGUACACACGCCUCGCGGCAAUGCCUAAAAAAGGAUGAUACUCUCUUUUCGAUUUCGUUAAUGAUAAUGAUUUGCGACAAAUGAAUACAUUAUUUCAGUUUACAAGGAGAUGUUUUCUUCUUCUUAUUAGUUUACAAUCGGAACCGGUUUAUUCACAAGUCGUAUCUCCUUGUUUAAGGAAUUUGUCAAACCAGUCUGAUGAUUCUUUGAUCAUAAAACUCGUCACUUCGUGUCCAACUCCAUCUUCUGCUUUGAACU